AUGCCGGCCGCGUGGCCGACUGCCGAUUGGUGGCGGGUGGCCCCGAUGCUCUCCCCGAUCCCUCAAACGACAGUCGUGAACCUGAGCACCGGUGUCGUCAAGGAGGACCCCGUCCAUUUCCAAGACGAGCAACAGAGGGGCUCGACUACCGUAUCCAGGUCGCCGAGGAACGGCGUGCACAUCGCCAAUUACAAUGAUACAAAUUACCAUCCACCUUUCAGAGCUCUUCACAUGAAAGAGCAUCCCGACUACAAGUACCGGCCGCGCCGGAAACCGAAGUCCCUGGUGAAAAAGGAGAACAAGUUCGGCUUCUCGAUAUCACCACUGAUAUCACCGGGCGACAGCUUGACCAAUCUACCGCGCGGUCUUCUGCCGUCGUUGACGCCUCCAACGCAUCAUCUGAUGCCGCACGAGGACCUGAAGAUCCCGCGCUUCUUUCCGCCGUUCGCCUAUCCGCUCUAUCCGCUACAGCACAAACUGAGCGACGACUUCAACGGCGGCAAGCUGGCCGCCGAUCUGGCCUUACAGGCCCUCUACACUGGCAAUCCCUUUUAUCCGAGCCACCAAACGAUGUCCUGGCCGACGAGCCUGUCGGCAGCCGUCUGUCUACAACCCAACUGUAGCUGCCCGAGUCCGCCGAAGGAGUCCAAAAGACCGAUUCCGUCGUCCAAGAUGGACGACCCACCCUUUCCGAGCCCGGCGAGGGCCGACGACGACGCCGUCGUCGCGGAGCGAGAAGAAUCCCGAUACCGAAAGCUUGAAGUGGACUUCUCCACCAAUCUGGAGAGUCAUCAUCAACAUCAUCAUCAUCAUCACCAUCAUCAUCAGGAGGACCGUUCCCAGGAUCGCUUCUCUUCCUCUUCGUCCUCGUCGCCGCCCACGGAACAACUGGAGAGAUCGUCGACGACGACGACAACGACGACAUCGUCCUCGUUAUCCUCGGCGUCGAGCGGCAGGGUCGACAGCGCUUUCUCCGUUCAGAGCCUGACGUCGACCUCCAACAGCUCGAAUUCGAGCUCGCAGCGCGGACACGUCAUAUGAAGGCCGCUCCCGGUUCUCCCGGACUUAAACUUCCGGG